AUGUUGUUGAUGUCCUGUUUAGUUUUCGCCUUCUGUCUCCUCUUCUUGGACGGUGCUAUAGCUGCACCAACCUUAGCUGGCAGCUCAUACGCAAUCAAAGAAAGCCACAAUGCACCUCGAGGAUGGGGUAGGGGAGGUUCUGUUCCAGAUUCUCAUUCGAUCAACCUGCACAUCGGGCUCAAACAAGGCAACCAAGAUGAGCUCGAACAACACGUUCUCGAAAUUUCGAACCCAUCGCAUCAGCGCUACGGCCAGCAUCUUUCUGCCGCAGAAGUACAANAACUCAUUGCACCCUCAGAUGAGAGUGUCCAACUGGUGAAUGACUGGCUUUUGAACCAUGGUGUCAAGACCGCAGUGCUCAGCCCUCGCAAAGAUUGGAUUACCGUCAGUCUACCUGUCCGAAAGGUGGAAGCUCUUUUGAACACUACAUACUCCGUUUAUCGUCAUACGGAUGGCUCGACAUUGAUUCGUGCGCCCGAAUGGUCAUUGCCGCUGUACCUUCAUGACGCGAUUGACCUCAUUCAACCUACCACUUCGUUCUUCCGGACCUCGAGACACGCAUCCGGUGCGAAGCCAGAGCGGGGACCUAUAAAAUGGCAUGAGUCGCUGAACAAAGAGUGGUGGAAGCCGAGACCCAGCAGUCUUCUUUCCACUUGUGAUGUUAGCAAGUUGUGUAAUAUCACGGGCACUAAUUUGGCUGGUGAUAUCGUCACUGCUACUAGUCUUGAUUGUCUGCGUUGUCUGUACGGCACAUCAAACUACGUAGUCAAAGCACCAGAGAAAAAUAUGAUUGGCGUUACAAACUACUUGAACGAGGUCAGUGAUAAACUGUUUCUGUCGAACUCGCUAAAAGAACACCACUGCUUACUGUGCGCCAGANCUCAAAAGCGUUCUGACAUCAAGUUGUAUCUUCAAACAUUCCGUCCAGAGGCUGCAGGAGUAGCCGACACCUUCCCACACAUCAACAUCGCAGGAGCACAAGACAAUCAAGGAACACUGACCGCAGAUCAGAUCGAAGAUGAAUUGAACGUGGAAGGCGACCUCGACGGGGAACUAGCUCUCGGCAUCAGCUGGCCUACAUCGUUUUUGUCUUGGUCAACUGGUGGCUCACCACCUNUCACCCCUGAUCUCGCCACUCCGACAGACACAAACGAGCCUUAUCUCGAAUGGCUAACAUAUGUAUUAGCACAAGACACUCUACCACAGGUAAUCAGCACCUCGUACGGUGAUGACGAACAAAGCGUGCCAUACCCAUAUGCCAAGAGAGUCUGCGAUGGUUUCAAGCAGUUGGGAGCCCGAGGAAUUUCUGUGCUGUUCUCCAGCGGCGAUAGUGGUGUGGGUGCAGAUGGGACUUGCUUUUCCAACACCAACACCUCUCAGCCUAUGUUUCUCCCUGCAUUCCCUGCCUCUUGUCCUUGGGUCACCACGGUGGGAGGAACAGCAGGCUUUGAGCCCGAAGUCGCAGUAUCUCGAUUCGGCAGUGGUGCUGGGUUUUCAAAUUACUUCCCUAUGCCAACAUACCAAACGAAUGCUGUGAAAGGCUACUUUGGCAAGAUAGGGAAUCUCUAUCAUGGGCUUUACAACCGCUCUGGACGUGGAUACCCAGAUGUUGCGGCUCAAGGCAACCACGAUAUCAUUGUUUGGGAAGGCAACAUCACAACAAUCGGAGGCACAAGUGCAUCGUCACCGACUUUCGCGGCAGUGAUUGCUUUGGUAAACGAUGCGCUCAUUGCCGCUGGGAAGCCGCCUCUUGGUUUCCUCAAUCCGUGGAUUUAUGGUGGAGCUUUUGCUGCUCUGUCCGAUAUUACGAGUGGAUCUUCGAUUGGCUGUAACACCAGUGGCUUUCCGCCAGAAGUGNGAUGGGACGCAGUCACUGGGUUUGGGACACCAGUGAGUACAUCAUUUUCGUUCUCUGACUGCGACUUACUGAUC